GUGAAGGUUCUCAUUAUAUAUCCACAUUCUUAACCCGGUUUGCUGACCUCAUUAUUGAAGGACAUCGCGGCCAAAGAGCUGAAGCAUCUGAGUCACGAGGUUGAAGGAACAGAUAUUUACGCUCAAAACUGGAAAGCGGCAAUUGAACGCGCGGACUUCACUCAGUUGCGGGAUGGUGAUAGACUUAAUUUUACAAGCGCAUCUAGUACAGCAUAUUCCCAAGACAAAUUGACCGACGACGUCAAGUUGGAGCACAAGAAGCUUAUGUGCGCUAAUACUGUGAUAUUGAGCUUUCCCUUGUGGUGGUUUUCCAUGCUAGCAAUUCUGAAAGGAUGGAUUGUUCGCGUUUUCUCUUGUGGGCUUGUCUAUGGUGUUGGUGAGCACAGUGACCAAAAGUGAGGAGACCGGUACGGCGAAGGCCGCUUCACUGGAAAGCGCGCAAUGAUUAUGGUGACAGCUGGCGGGUGAGAACAGCAUUAUGAGGAUUGUGGAAUCAACGGGCCCAUCGACGACAUACUCUUUCCGAUAAAUCAUGGCGUACUUUGCUAUCCUGGUUUCACCGUGUUACCCCCAUUUGUUAUAUACCGGACUGGCAAGAUGGGAGAAAAGAGAUUUAACAAGGUUGCUGAAAGCUUGAAAGAGCACCUUCGCCAAAUAGAGUUAUGGAUCCUAUUCUCUACCGUAAACAAAAUUAUGGUGACUAUAAUGUCCCUGCACUGA